AUGGAAAUGUCUGACACAGUCAAACCUCUGACUUCCUUCCUCAUAGAGGACAUUCUCUCCAUUAAGGACAGCUCAGGAUUUAAUGGCAAAUGCUGUUCACAGAAGAUAGAGAGAUGUUCACAGUGGAACAAAGAAUCUGAAAUGCUGUCAGAGCAACUCUGCCCUCAGGAGACAGCGUUUGGAGUGCACACAGAGUCUCUGGACACAUCCUAUCCCAGCAUCUCAGAGUCCAGCAGUUAUUCCUCCACAGGGAAACAGAAGCGCUCCAGAGCUGCGUUUACACACUUCCAAGUACUUGAACUGGAGAAGAAAUUUAACCACCAGAAAUACCUCUCCGCCCCAGAGAGGGCUCACCUGGCCAGCACCUUAAGACUCACUGAGACCCAAGUGAAAAUCUGGUUUCAGAACCGGAGGUACAAGACGAAACGAAAGCAGCAGACAUCAGAGUUCUGUAAGGACGUGUACAAAGCAGAGGGACUGGGCCUGAGAGACGAUUUGGUCCGAUCAUCACUAAUAAACUCCUUCUGCAAAGCUUACCAGUACAGACCCUACCUGUGGGACUACAGUGGCCCCUGGGGGCCAGCGUUAUGGUGAAAGUGAAAUUAUGUAUGAAGCUAUGAUUUAUAAUCAUAAACCUAU